AUGGUGCCUUAUGCUAUAUCGGGGGCAAAUGGAGUCGCGAUGUCCGCUGCCAAUCAUCCGAAUAUGGCAACCAGUGGGUCUUUGACGGGUCAUGGUAUGCAGCCAGCAAACAUACCAUACUCGAGUGUGUAUGCUCAAAGUCCCUCCGGCACUCAAACUGCAAAUUAUUUAGCUAAUACAAACAUGGCCAACGCAAUUACAAAUGCUAACAUGGUUAAUUCAAGAGGACUUAGUUCGGGUUUGGAGUAUGGUGGGGCAAGCGGUCUAGUUCAUGGAACCUUAGCUUCUAGCAGCUUGGCUGCGAAUGCUGCAAAUGCAAAUGCAGUGGCGAACGCAGUAAAUACCGCUAAUGCCAUUAUUUCCGCAGAUAAUAUGGCAAACAAUAUUAUAAAUGCUUAUGAAAACGUGCUGGCGAAUGCAGAAGAUACUAAGUUGAUUAACCCAAACAACCCAUCGCCAGUUUUAAAUGGUAACAUGGCUACAUUUUACCUCGGAAACAACGGGAACACAUUUACAGUGACAAGUGGGUCUCCUGGCUCUCAAGGAGUCGGUGUUCAAGUAAUGGCUGAUGCUCUAGAAGUAGGAGGGACGGUAGCAGUAAAUGGCAGAAUACCUAUUUACGGCAUUGUUGGCAUUAACGGGAAUGUACCAACCGAUGGAAUGGCUUCAGUUAGUUACAGCUGUGCGAAUCCUAGUAAUUUGUUAUAUACGAAUUUA